UGGAUUGAUAUUCAUUUAGCGAGGAGUCUAGACGGCAACGAAGAACGUUGCGUUGUACUAGUAAAUGAUACAGCAUGCCAUCUGCCGGCCGCCAGGCUGCAUUUUCACUCGGGUUGGAGAUCGAUUUGUGCCUGUGACUCUGUGCCUGCAGCGUGCCAGCAGAGACAUUUUUUGGAAGACACGAGGAGCGUUACGUCUACGAUAUUUCGACCACCCACCCGAAGGCUCACAACAGUCAAUCUGGCCGUGCCAAGACCAGCACAGAACGACCCCCGGGCAAGAGCUUAUCAACAGCUCCUUUCGGCCUAGAGAUAACGCCUCACCUACUUUGCAUCCAAGCGAGUCUUCUGCUGAUAGCCUAAGACUUGUUCUCUCCUCACGCAAUGAUACUCGCGAACCAACACGCCGCCCAAGACUAUUGUGGAGGACUCGUCCGCAUCAUGCUGACCAGGAUCACCACUUCCAUCGUUGGCCUCCACGGAUGUUUAUCUGUAGCACCCUGGCAAAACACGACAUGAGAUGUGCGACUAGAUACACAAAGAUGAAAGCCCAUACUACUCCUCUUUCCGCUCCUGCGCGGCGGCUAGUGUGAUCGCUUACCAUAUCCCUAUCGUUCUGUCUCAUUCUGAUCCUACCUCUCGCAUCCCUGGCCCCAACUCUCCCAUCCCACGAGGUCCAGGCAUCUCCAGCGACCCAAAAAUGUCACACUCACCUACCGUCUCACAAGACGAGAAAAAAGUCCCCCUCGACACAAGCUCGCCGCCCUCCGACCCCGAAGUCCUCGUAGGGGAAAUCUCAGAUUUCGAAGCCCACGAAGUCUUCCGCAAAGAUGCUGCUGUCAAUUUCCGUACGGUCGGCUGGCCUCGCGCAAGUGUCAUUUUUCUCUCAAAGUCAUCUUCGCCACUGGUGUUCUGUCGAUUCCCACCGCCAUGGUCUCGUUAGGAGCUGUGGGUGGAGCUUUCAAUGUGAUUGGAUGGGGAGCUUUUAAUACUUUUACUGCGAUCAUUCAAGGGGAUUUCAGGAAUCGACCUGCUGGAUGUCAUUCGAUUGCGGAUAUGGCGGAGGUGCGUUUCUGAGGGAGUUGGUGGGAGGGUUAUUCAUCAUUGCGUAUGUGCUGUGUAGUGGAAGUGGCAUUGUCGGUGUUAGUGUUGGAUUGAAUGCUUUGAGUUGUGUUUCAGCAGACCAGAUUUCGAAUGACAAUCACUUGGAAUUGUGCCAAGAAGUCGAAAAUAG